AUGCCGCCUCCAGCUUCACCGUCUAUGCCGCCGGAGAUGGUGGUCCACAACAGCUUCUUAGGGUUCCUCGUAUGGCAGUCCAUCCCCUCCAUCGUCAUCUUCUUCCUGUUCAAAACCCUCUCAUCAGCCGUCCCCUCCGCUUCUCCCUCGGCCACCAAACCCCCACUCACAUUCCCGUUCGCCCCAUCGAUAUUCGCCCUUUUUACGUUUUUGACCUUCCACCUUUCCCAGGUCCUCUUCUCGUUCUCGCUCUCCCUCGUCUCCUCGCCCCACCCCCACCGCCCUGCUUCUCUUCUCCAGCUCGUUCUUGGGCUCGUUCGAUUCCUUUCCAUUCCGGGCGUCCCUGAUUCGUCAGAGACCCCGGAUUCCCGGGCCCGGGCUAAGCUUUCGGUGGGUUUGCUGAUGUUUUUGGGCGCCGCGGCGGUGUCAGGUUUUGUUGCGGUGGCUUCGGUGUGUGGGGGGUUUGGCGAUGGGCUUUCGGCGAUUGGGAGAGUGGGGUUUAGGGGUUUAGUGAUGGGGUUGCUUUAUGGGCUGUAUUAUGUGUAUAAUCGCAGGUGGGUCUUGGAGUUUCCCAUUAUUCAGCUUCAAAAUGGGGCUCCUUCGGCUAUCACACGAUCCUUGAAGCUUUCCUUUGUGGCGUACCUUUUUUCAGCUGCUCUGCUGGUGUUUCUGCCACACCACAAUCAGAACCAGGCUACAACUGGAAAGUUUAUUGCUGAGCAGAUCAGACUCUACACUGGGAGUUUCUUAGUGUACUUGAAAGCAGCAUUGAAUUAG